ACCAUUAGUCGAUUUUGCUGGAGCACCUCUUUGACAACUCUCAUUGUAGAGACCAGCAUCAGCGUACUUGUGGUGCAGAUUGUACGAGUAAGAGAGGUGUGUUGUACUAGCAUGCUUUGUUGGCUGGGCUGUCUUUAAUGGUCGAGUUGUUAGUGUUUUCGCUUGGAUCGGCGACGCCGAGUUUUUCCAUCAUCACGUUUUGGACGGACCUCACGCGGCCCCUAAAUCCGUCUAACAGUCGUUCGUCGUCGAAAACCGACGGCCACUCAACAGAGUGGUGCUCUGAAUCACUCUUAGUAGUAGAAAGGAAGUGUGUACACAGCAUUUGCCGCACGAGCGAGUGCCCGUGUGUGGUGAGCGGUGUGUAGCAAUAUGUCUGAAUUCGAAAAUAAUCUCGAGGAAGAUCCAGCCGCCGACUUCCUCGCUCGCGAGCAGGCCGAUCUAGCCGGCAUCGAGGACGACGUCGCCGCCAUCCAGGUUCACCAGCUGAAUGGAAACGAUGAUCAUAUUAUCGAAGGCAGCUUUGAGGUAAUUUCAGGUCCAUCACCUCCUGCAUCAGAGAGUAAUGGAACGGCGUUAUCAGUUCCUUCUGAGCCUCGUCAGGAACCUGAAAAGAUUCGUAAGUGGAGGGAAGAACAGAAAAGGAUCAUAGAGCAAAAAGACGCUGUGGAGGAGAUUAGAAAAGAAGAGUUACGGAAAGAAGCACAAAAAGAACUCGAGGAGUGGUAUAUUCGCUACCGGGAACAAAUCGAAAAGGCGAAACAGGCCAACAGGGAGUUAUCCAAGAACGCUGAAAAGGAGUACGUCUGUGAGAAGUCCGCCAAAGGUGCCGAAUGGGAAGGCAUUGCCAAAAUGUGCGAUUUCAACCCAAAGUCUACGAGGCAUACAAAAGACGUCUCGCGCAUGAAGUCCAUGAUCCUGCAGCUCAAGCAGGCUCCACCGAACAGCGCUCCAAAAGCGUAGGCUUUCAUCGGCCGAAAAUCCGCCUGCUGCACUUGCCGUCGCUGUAUUGGGACAUCGCAAAAGACCUCGUAUUUCCGUUUUUGGUCCCAUGCGAUCUGAGCCACGAAUAACUGUGUCACCUACAUUGUACCAAUAUCGGGCCCCAAGGUCGAUUUAGCCAACUCUGGAUAAAUGCGCUAGGAGAAACGCCGAAUUCGUUGAGAAUUUUCGAAUCGUUGCGUAUGUAGAUAAAAAGGAAAGUAAUCAUACAAAAAAAACUGUAGGUAACAACAAAAGCAACAAAAAAUCGUAGAAUAACAUGGAUUAUACAAGGAUGAACACUAGCUAAUGGAUUAACGCUGUCAAAACAUAACGCAACACAAUAAUGAUACGUACUACAAAUUUACACAUAGAUCUGCAUCCAUCCAUUAGCAUCCACUCAUGCAGUUUUACAUAACCUCCUAGUAACAUACGUGUGCACACAUGUGGGGGUAAAACUUGAGAAGGCCCCGUGAUGGAUACUAAAAGAGAAGCGGCCUGUUUAUGUGUAUAUGCAUAAGAGUACGUAAAUGGUAAAGAUCAGCCGAGCAGCGAAGUGGAUACGUGCUUUAUUGUGUAACAGAGCAAUGCAACCAGGUCAAUACGCCGCUAAUACAAUAAGGUGUUAAAAAGGGUAGAAUAAUAUUCAUAUUGACGAAACCACAGAUUACGAGGGCGAAAAAUGCGACAAUAGGGGAAAAUAUAUUGACGGAGUAUGAAUAGGCGAAGAUGACAAUGAUCACAGAGGCAGUGAAAUUGAGCAUAGCUGUCCAGUAGGUAGAGAUGGGGGCAUUGUGGGGAGAUAAGACCGAAACGUUUGGUUUGAUAGAAAUGAAUAAAUGGUUGAUAAUAAAUGAGAACAUAUGU